AUGGCGGCUCUCACCACCUUCUACCACCCACUCUGCCCAGACAACCACCGCACAACAAGACAAACCCCAAGCAGACACAGCGUCAGAUCUCUGACCGUGAUGUCUUGUCGGAAUCAAAAAUCACCAGAAGAGAGCCAAGGAUUGAUCCAGAGAACAAUUUCAAAAUUGGUCUCAGAGGCUAAGCAUAUUGGAAAGAAUAUGAAGCCAGAGAAGAAAGGAGACAUGAAGGAUCUGAUGCUUAUGAGUCUUUCUUUUGCAGUUUAUGUUUAUAUCUCUCAACUAAUGGUCUGUGCUUACUUCGCCUGGACCCAUGUAACCCUCCCCAAUCCCUCAUGGUAG